AAUUUGUGUGCGUGCGCUUGGGUCACCGUGACUGUCAUUGUCUGUGACCGUGAGCGUAGACAUAAAUAAAUUAGUACUACCUAUAAUAAUAAAUAAAUAAAUAAUAAUAAAAAAGAAGAGGUGGAGUUUACAUAGAAAUAACCGUAGCAAUUAAUGCGGUUACUUUAUUGAGCUUAUUAAAUCUUGGCCGUUGAUCAGAGGGUAAAUGGUUUUUAGACUUUACGAACUGUAGAGUGUGAUACUUGAGGGGUUUCACAGCACUUAAAACGGGGACACACGGAAGGGACUACAUAGCUCCACUGUUAUCACUCUCUCUCACUCACUCUUCAAUUUUCUUUUCUGAGAGAGAAAAUUAGCUAUAGAGAGAGAAACAGAGAUCGCUUCAAGUUUCUAGGGUUUCUUCCUUCGCUUCUCUUCUGUGUUUCAGGAAAUGGGAUCUUCCGAUGAUGGAAACGGAACAGAGGAGGCAUUGCCUCCUCCACCUCCUGUUAUUCCACCAGACAUUGUUCCAAUCAAGGCUGAGUCAGAACAGGCUAUUGAGCCAGUUAAGAAGAAACCUGCCCGUCUUCCAAUGGCCAGACGCAAUCUUGGAACUAAGGGGCAAAAGAUACCGCUGUUAACCAAUCAUUUCAAAGUGAAAGUCAGUAAUCUGCAGGAUCAAUUUUUUCAUUAUAGUGUUGCCCUGUUUUACGAAGAUGGCCGCCCUGUUGACGCUAAGGGUGUUGGGCGGAAAGUCAUAGACAGGCUCCAUGAAACCUAUAAGUCUGAUUUAGGCGGAAAGAACUUUGCUUAUGAUGGUGAGAAGAGUCUGUUCACUGUUGGGCCUCUUCCUGGAAAUAAACUUGAAUUCACUGUUGUACUUGAUGAUGUAUCAUCCGACAGAGUAAAUGGUAGUCAGAGCCCUAAUGCUGAGGGUGACAGAAAGAGAUUGAGGCGCCAAUUCCAUUCCAAAACAUUUAAAGUGGAAAUUAGCUUUGCUGCUAAAAUUCCCAUGCAGGCUAUUGCUAGUGCUCUGCGUGGUCAAGAAACUGAAAACUCUCAGGAAGCUCUAAGGGUUCUGGAUAUAAUUUUAAGACAACAUGCAUCUAGGCAGGGAUGUCUACUUGUUCGCCAAUCUUUUUUUCAUAAUGAUCCAAAAAAUUUCGUUGAUGUUGGUCAAGGAGUUCUUGGGUGCAGAGGAUUUCAUUCCAGUUUUAGGACAGCCCAGGAAGGAUUGUCUUUAAACAUAGAUGUGUCUACAACGAUGAUCAUACAACCUGGGCCAGUUGUAGAUUUUUUAAUUUCUAAUCAAAAUGUGAAUGAUCCUUAUAGGAUUGAUUGGGCCAAGGCUAAACGGACACUCAAAAAUUUGAGGAUCAAAGUUGAGCCCUCUAAUACUGAAUACAAGAUUACUGGUCUGAGCGAGAAGCCAUGCAGAGAACAAACAUUUUCAUUGAAGCAGAGAGGAGGGGGUGAUGACAGUGAACCAGUAGAAAUGACUGUCUAUGAUUAUUUUGUAAAUCAACGUAAUAUAAAUUUGCAGUACUCUGGAGAUCUGCCUUGCAUUAAUGUUGGGAAACCUAAACGUCCAACAUUUUUCCCUGUUGAGCUCUGCACGUUGGUUUCAUUGCAGCGUUACACGAAAUCUUUGUCCACAUUUCAAAGAUCCUCACUGGUUGAGAAAUCUAGACAGAAGCCUCAUGAGAGGAUGCAAGUCUUGUCUAGUGCUCUCAAGCGCAGUGAUUAUGAUGCUGAACCUAUGUUGCGCACUUGUGGUGUUUCUAUUAAUAGUAGUUUCACUCAGGUGGAAGGCCGUGUUCUGCCUGCUCCGAAGUUGAAAGCUGGUAAUGGGGAGGACUUCUUUCCCCGAAAUGGUAAAUGGAAUUUCAACAACAAGAAAUUAGCACAGCCAACGAAGAUAGACAAGUGGGCUGUUGUUAACUUCAAUGCACGAUGUGACAUUGAUAACCUUGUGCAAACACUGAUAAAAUGUGGAGAGAUGAAGGGAAUUUUGAUGAAACCUCCUUUUGAAGUGUUUCAAGAGGGUGGACAGUUCAGGCGUGCCCCACCUGUGGUUCGCGUGGAGAAAAUGUUUGAUGAGAUACAGUCAAAACUUCCUGGGGCUCCAGAUUUUCUCCUUUGUUUGCUUCCAGAGAGGAAAAAUUGUGAUCUUUAUGGCCCAUGGAAAAAGAAGAACCUUUCAGAGUUUGGAAUUGUGACUCAAUGCAUUGCUCCCCAAAGGGUCAAUGAUCAAUACAUUACAAAUGUUCUAUUAAAGAUUAAUGCAAAGCUAGGUGGGUUGAACUCAUUUUUAGCUGUUGAACGUAAUUCAAUGAUCCCAGUGGUCUCCAAAAGUCCCACUCUCAUCCUUGGGAUGGAUGUUUCACAUGGAUCUCCAGGGCAGUCUGACAUACCAUCAAUUGCAGCGGUUGUUAGUUCUAGAAAUUGGCCCUCAAUUUCACGUUACAGGGCUUCUGUUCGUACCCAGUCACCUAAGGUGGAAAUGAUCGAUUCAUUAUUUAAGCCAGCUGGUAAAGAUGAUGAAGGCAUCAUAAGGGAGCUUUUAGUUGACUUCUUUACGAGUUCAGCUAAACGAAAGCCUGAUCAGAUCAUCAUUUUUAGGGAUGGGGUCAGUGAAUCGCAGUUCAAUCAAGUUUUGAACAUCGAACUGGAUCAAAUCAUUGAGGCGUGCAAGUUUCUUGAUGAUACUUGGAAUCCCAAGUUUGUGGUUAUCAUUGCUCAGAAAAAUCAUCAUACAAAGUUUUUCCAGCAGUCGACUCCAGACAAUGUUCCACCUGGUACCAUUAUUGACAACAAGAUUUGUCAUCCAAAGAACAAUGACUUUUACCUCUGUGCUCAUGCUGGCAUGAUUGGUACUACAAGGCCCACUCAUUAUCAUGUUCUGUUAGAUGAAGUGGGUUUUUCAGCUGAUGAUCUACAAGAGCUCGUACAUUCUCUAUCAUAUGUUUACCAGAGGAGUACAACUGCCAUUUCUGUAGUUGCCCCUAUUUGUUAUGCACACUUGGCGGCUGCACAGGUUGGUCAGUUUAUGAAGUUUGAGGACAGUUCCGAGACGUCAUCUAGCCACGGUGGGCUGUCCUCAGCUGGAGUUCCACCUGUUCCUCAACUCCCUAGGUUGAAGGAAAAUGUCUCCAAUUCCAUGUUCUUUUGUUGAAGCUUCCAAAUCCUAAUCUUUUAUGUAAUUAGUUUCGUUUUUUUGUUGUGGUCCUUCCUAUGGGAACCUCUGCAUGUCUGAACUUGAAGACCUUACCUUUGGUGUUUUGUUAAUUUUGUGGUUGGUCUCUUGUUUAGGACUAGUGAUAUGCAGACUAGGUAAUUACUGUUUGGUGUGUUAAGUUUAGUGCUUUGAUAUUUUAUCUAUGUUAAGCAUGUAGUAGUGCCAACCUUGGAAUUUUACCGUGGCUCUAUAUCUGUUAGGUCCAUGUUUUUAGUAUAGCCUGUUUUGAUGGCUGUGCUGUGUUUUGAUGGAGCCUGGUUUUAUGGCAGCUGUUGUGUUGGAUUUUCAUGAAACGUAUUUUAAUGACUAAGUUUCUUCAUGGAAAAA